UGCAGCGUUCCUUCGUCCUGAUGUUUGCAGCCGCCCCUGUUUGCACCCGGCGAUUCUGGAGCUGAAAAUCCCACGCCCAAAUUCCAGACUUGAUUGCAACCAUACUCAGUGCCUCCCCGCGGUCUGUUCUCGAUAUCGGCGGUCGAGAGCGUCCAUCGACAGGUGGACAGAAAUAGGAUACAUUUGGUUAGAGUGUUCAAGGCAAACUCCAUUGCAAUCUCAUCUCAACCCAUGGAGUUAAUGAGGAGCAUUAACGGCCCAGUUAGAUCAUUGCCCAGUGUACGAGGAACCCGUCCCAGGAAAUUUGCACCGUACAGACGUAGUGCACGCAGACCACGUGGAGUCCAAAUUGGAGACGCUAGUUCAGAUGAUGAGACGCAACCUCCAAGCCAUCCAUUGGAGACUCCUUGUGCGAACCCAUGUCCAGAGACCGAGGCAAAUAGAGAACCCUCGCCAAGGGAACAACCGGAUCCUGUUCAAAGUAAUAGGAUCGGUAUAGUUGACAAUGAUAUACAAGGUGCGGAUGUCUCGUCUGUGCCUGUAUCCAACCAGACACAGACGAGACGUGGUCGCGGCCCAGCCAAGUGCACUGAAUUUGAAAAAUUACGUAAGCAUGGAAAAGUGUUGUUGAAGAUAAAUAGUGGAGAAACAGCACCAUGUUGCGAGAAUGCAAACAUGUUUACAACACGUUUAAGCUGGAUCAUUAAACAUCACUGCAACAUGAGCUACCCUAGAUGGAGUGAUGUACCCCAAGAGCAUAAGGAUGAAUUAAUCGAUCGUGUUCGGGGUGAUUUUGAAUUGGAUUGGGACUUAGAGAACCAUCAAUUGGCUGUGACUAAACAGCUUCGUAAGCGCUUUAAUGCCUUCCACCACCAACUGCAUCAGAUAUAUAUGUCAUAUGGCAGCCAUGACGAGGCAUUGGCGACUGGGACUAGUUUGGUCACCCCCUAG